AUGCCCGGCUUCCGCCGCUGGAGCAAGUCCAAAUUCGAGCGAAACCCCGAAUCAUCCUUCAAGCUCCUAGCUGCUGUCCUCGUUAUCACACUCUACCUGAUCAUCAAAGAGUUUCAGCACCCCACAGUCCGAAUACGAGAGGCCUCUACCUUUGGGUCGCAGAUACAGCACACACAAUGGAAUGGCACAGGCAAAGCGCAAGAGACGAGGGCCAAAAGCGUGCGGGAUGCGAUGAGGUAUACCUUUUUGAAGUACAGAGAGAAUGCCUGGGGCUGCGAUGAUAUUCUGCCGGUAUCUGGAGGGAACUCGUCAUCUAGAAAUGGCUGGGGAGCUUUCAUCGUCGACUCCGCGAGCACACUGGCCCUCAUGGGACUAUGGGACGAGCUAGCGCAUUCGAUCGAGCAUAUUCUAGCAAUCGACUUUGCCGAAGUGCAAGACCUCGUGGAUCCCUUCGAGACCACAAUACGCUAUAUGGGCGGUUUGCUGUCGAUUGUGGAGCUGUACGAUGUUGGGCUUAUACCGGAGCAUGUACUACAUGAGGAGGCCCGCGAUCUCAUACUCGAGCAUGCCAUCACUCUAGCAGAGAAGCUUGCCCCUGCCUACGAUACUCCCACAGGAAUGCCCUGGCCGCGUAUAGAUUUUGAGACCGAGCAGGGAGAACCGGAUCCUUCUUUCGAUUUCCAUAACGACCCCGACAAGCGAGAAUACGAUCAUCCCGUCAUAGGUCCUGCAAGGACAGGCUCCUCUAUUCUCGAGAAUCGCGUUCUGACCAGACUGACUGGUAACGAUGUCUAUGCACGAAACUCGACAUUGGCUUGGGCACCUCUCGUAUGGUCCAAAUGGGCAACACCAUGGGCAGGAAUGGUCGACGCACCCAUUGAUAUCAUGACCGGCGCCCCCGUCGGUCGCUCGCGACAAUGGGAUGGUGGCCACGACUCAUACUACGAAUACUUGCUCAAAAUAACUCUACUAGCCCCACCAUCAGAUCCUCACCUCGAAGUAUACAAAAAACGCUUCCUACUAGCUGCAGCCUCUCUUCGAAAACACCUCAGCUCCCGCUCUGCACCCGCGCCCAAACACCUUAUGCAACACCUUUUCAUCGGCCGGCAAGAUGACAAGCAAUAUAAGAAUCAGAUGGGACAUCUCGCUUGCUUUGCACCAGGCACCAUCCUCCUCGCAUCGAAGUUUUACGACCAGUCCCAACUUCGCUCUUUCGCGCUUGCCCUCCUCGACGGCUGUCGUCAUACGUACACAUCCACGCCCACCAAGAUUGGCCCUGAGACAUGGUCCUGGGUCCCCAAAUUCGGCUACGACGACCCCUUGUUCCUCCCAGAGAACGAGCGUCAGCGAAAAGAAGCCCUCGAGUCCGGGUUCUGGAGCACAGAAUCACAGUACAAAGGCCGGCCGGAGUAUGUCGAAUCCCUGUUCUAUGCCUGGCGUAUCACCGGCGAGCAGAGGUACCGCGAAUGGGCAUGGGAAGCAUUUGCUGCCAUGGAAAAGCAUUGUAAGGCGCCGUUUGGGUAUGCACAGCUGGGCGAUGUUUACGAUACGGGCAAUAGUAAGUGGGUCGACAUGCAAGAGAGCUACUGGGCUGCGGAGACGCUGAAAUAUCUCUGGUUGACUUUUACGGAUGUCGACGUUGCGAGUUUGGAUUCUUGGGUGUUUAGUACAGAGGGACAUCCGUUCCGUAUGAUUAGAUGA